UGUGCAGGAGUAAAGGGAGGAGCAGUCUGUCAAGGAGAAGGAAUAGGACAUGAAAGAGAGAGCGGCAAGGGAUCGGGAGAUCAAGGUUCAGCUCAGGAUGAAGAACCUUGCAGAGCUGCACGRAAGGAUGCAGCAGGGGAAAGAGCUAGAGGAGRUGGAUGACAAAAGUGGUAAGGGCACUUGCGCUCAGGAGGAGGACCUUCCCCUAUUUUCAGAGGUCUGGGUCAGCUUUGACAAGCUGAUGGACGUUGAAGGGAGGUCUGGAGGUCAUCACCAGGAGAUGGGGGUCAAGUUAGUCUCCACAGACCUACUCAACCUGAGGGGCGUGAUGAAGGAAGGUUUUGCAGCAGCCAAAGCGUCGGAUCAGAAGGUUGGGGAAAGGCUGACAAAAGUGGCACAGGAAGCGUAUGGCCAGAGGGUAAAAUGGRAAAGAGAAAUUGAAGACCUGAAGAWGGAUUUGGAAAGGCAGAACAAAGAGGUGGAGGCAGUGAAGGGGGAUAUGGUGAAAAUUUGGGCGGAAAACGAGGCCGUCAGGCAGGUCRACCAGACCCUUAAUAAGGCCAAUGACGUCCUGAGGGUGUAUUUGCAGGCACAACAGGUCCAAGGAUUUGAGAUGAAGGAACAACCUGCAGAGGAGGCCUUCAAAUGUCAGAAGGAAGAAGAGAAGGCGGAUCAGCAGGAGGGUGAGCAGAUUCCCCUGAUAGACAAAGAGAUGUUGGAGCUGCAAAGGGCACUAGCUGAGAAAGACUCAGAGGUCGGAGGGUUUGAGUGGAGGAUGCCGGCUGGCCUGACACUUGGACAGGAGCCAGCGAUGCCAAGAGGGAGGCCACCAGGUGAGGCCAUAGGAGUUGAAGUAGUUCCACCUACAGCUCAGGGAGAGACCAUAGGACAGCAUGAGGGUCAGGAGAGCGUAGGUCAGACUAUGGUUGAGGCUGAGUCAAGGAGGGAGUUGAAGGGACGUCAGGAAUCGGCUAUGCCCCAGGAUAUGCCUCUAGUUGCAGGUCUGCAAGACGCGUCUUGGGCCACUCGUUCGGAGCCAGAAGGACGUGUCGGCGAGCAGGUGAUACCUACAGACGAGAGAGCAGUCUGCCCCACCUCCCCAGAGGUCCCACAACAGGAGGUCACAAGUAAGAUCUCAACAGUCCCGUCAUCAGUACCUCCGCAGGAAGGAGACACAAGAUGUCCCAGAAGAAGAUUAGCAAAUGCUUCUCCUGCAAGAAGGGCAAACAUCGAUCUGACGACUGCCCCAAGAGCGUCAGGGACGAGGCAAAUGGUUUGGCCAUCAGAGAUUCAUCAGGAGUAUGGAAAGAUAAAAAUGAGAUCCUGGUUCCUAAGACUCGUGAUGGGGUGAGGGCGCAGUUGUAUAGGCAGCUGUAGGAAGUAAUAAGUGAUAAGGAGUAGGAUUCUUUAAUAAGGUCCGGAAAAGUUUGAGUCU